GGCCUGCACUCCAGGCGUGUAUUGGACACGGUGGUGUCGGAGUCCGGCCCGGGGCUGCCCUGGUUCAGCCGUGUUGGGUACGUGGACGAUCAGGUCAUCUACGUCUACACCAGCGGGAUGCAGAGGGCGGAGCCCCGCACAGUGUGGAUGGCGCAGAACGAGGGCCCGGAGUUGUGGGACGUGAGGACCUGGUGGGCACAGCGCCACCAGAAAUGGUACAACGCGAGUCUGAACACCCUGAGUCAGCUCUACAACCAGAGCGAGGGGUUUCACAUUAUCCAGACGAUAUUUGGCUGUGAUCUCUGGGAAGACGACGUCAUUCAGGGGUUUUACCAGGAUUCAUAUGACAGACGAGACUUUCUUACCUUCGAUAAGGAGACCAUGACUUGGGUAGCAGCAGAUAUUGGGGCUCAGAUCAGCAAGAGGAGAUGGGAUGCUGAAGUAGAUGACAAUGAAAGAUGGAAACACGACCUGGAGGAGAGAUGUACAGAACUCCUUAGCCGGGAAAUAGAGUGCGGGAAGGAGACUCUGCAGAGGAAAGGUAGGCCAUCUUUACAAAUGGCAACAAGAAACAGCCAUACACAGCAAUGUAAUGUGUAUUUCAGUGCCAAGAGGCUGGGAAACUGA